AGUUUUGGUUUCCUCUACUUCUGUUUCCUCAAUUUAUAUCUAAUACUGGAGACUUUUCCCCCCUCAAUUCUCAUGAAAUAUAACAAUAUUAUUAUUCUAUUAAUCCACUACUCAUUAUUAUAAUAUUAUACAUGAAGUGGCAUUAUUACAAUAAUUAUUAUUAAUACUUUAUUAGUACAUAACUACACUAAAAUAUGACAGUUUGUGAAUUUUAAGUUCUUUUUCUUUAAUUAUUAUUGUCUUGAACCUAUUAUCUUUUUACUGAUAUAUUUUAUUUUGUCUUGUUAAAUAGCUAUGUUGAGAUAUUUAAAGAGAAAAAACACCUCCUCCCCAAGGUGGUGAUGAAUCUUCUUCCAAUAAACCACUUCAAGAGAUCAACUUAGAAGAUCUUCCUGCAGAUCCUGGACAAAGGCAUGGUAUCUUGCAAUAUAAUGUUAAUGAUCGAGACCGAGUUCGUAGAGCAUAUUUACAAAAAGGUCCUUGCCAACCGAAUAACCACGUAUUUCCUCUCACAAUUUAUGGCAAGCAAAAUAGAAAAUUUAAUAAACUUUGGUUCGCCGAAUAUAGUACUUGGUUGGAGUAUAGUGUAUCCAAAGAUGCUGCAUAUUGUUUAUGUUGUUAUCUUUUUAAGCCAGACAUCGGAGGUCAAUCGGGUGGUGAUCAUUUUGUUACUCAAGGAUUUAGUAAUUGGAAGAGAAAUGAAAAGUUACGUGCUCAUGUAGGAGGUCCUAAUAGUGCACAUAAUGAAGCUUGGGGAAAAUGUGUAGAUUUGAUGAAUCAAAAGCAACAUAUUGAGACAGUUGUUCACAAGCAGUCGGAUCAAGAAAAAACUAAUUAUAAAAUGCGCUUGAAUACUUCAAUUGAGGUGGCUCGAUAUCUCUCAACACAAGGAUUGGCAUUUCGGGGUCAUGAUGAAAGUGAAAGUUCGGCUAAUCCAGGAAAUUUUAUUCAACUUGUGAAAACCUUUGGCCAAAUUAAUCCGAAUAUCAAAGAUGUUACUCUGAACAAUGCUCCACAAAAUCAUAAGAUGAUAUGUUCAAAUAUUCAAAAGGAGAUUGUAAAUGCAUUUGCAAUGGAAAUUCUAAAAGAAAUUACAAGUGAUAUUGGGGAUUCGACGUUUUGUCUAAUGGUUGAUGAAGCACGUGACAUAUCAAUGAAGGAGCAAAUGGCCUUGGUGAUAAGGUAUGUCGACAAAUCUGGUAGUGUGAUCGAGCGAUUUUUAGGGGUUGAACAUGUUACUGAUACUAGUGCUUUGACUCUUAAAAGAACUAUUGAUGAUUUUUUUUCUCGAUAUGGAUUGAGUAUCUCUAAAUUACGAGGUCAAGGUUAUGAUGGAGCUAGUAAUAUGAGAGGUCAAUUCAAUGGACUAAAAACACUCCUCUUGAAUGAGAACUCUUGUGCAUAUUAUAUUCAUUGCUUUGCUCAUCAGCUACAAUUAGCUUUAGUAGCAGUUGCUAAGAAGCACGACCAUAUUUCUUCACUUUUUGAUUUUACUACAAGAGUGUUGAACAUUGUUGGUUCUUCAUGUAAACGUCGUGAUUUGCUUAGAGAGAAGCAAUCUGAAAAGAUAAUUGAGGCACUCAAUUUGGGAGAAAUUUCAAGUGGGCGAGGUCUAAAUCAAGAAACGAAUCUCAAGCGAGCAGGUUAUAUUAAGUUUAUGCUUUAAUAAUAUGCUUUUACCAUUUUUAUUAAUGUCUCAUCACUUCUCUUUUAAUU